AUGACUUACAGAGAACUUCGUCAGUUUACAGAAAUUGUUAGAAUCCUCGGCUACCCAAAUCCAGUUGGAAUCGACUCUUUCGAUACCCCAAAUUUUGGCUUGAUGGCCAAUCUUCUCCAUUGGUUAGCGACUCUUUAUGACCCAGAGAUAGUAGUACUUGUCGAGCUAUCAAAUGAAUAUGGCCGUGUUGAAUUUGUGCGCGGAAUUGUGCAGCAGUUGGCUAUCAAAUCAGGAAUACGUUUAAAUCCGAGAAAAUUAUACGCUUCUGAUAGAUAUGCAGUUCGUGAAUUACUCAAAAUAGCUACACCAAUAUACCGCGGCGUAAAAUGCGCAGAAGAUAAGAGAGGUACCGUUUCAACUUCUUUUCCAAAGAAUCAAAACACACAAAAAAUUUCACAACUCUCUGCUACUGUUCCUCGCCAUUCGGUUGAAUUAUACGAUCAGCUCGACAAGGAAGUUCAAAUUCGCGAAACAAGGACGAAAAUCCUUGCAACGGUUCCAUCUCUCGAUGAUUUCGAGAAACAAGUCUUAGAGGCUGUAGAUGGAACAUCAGCAAGACUUGAUCAACUUAAUAAAGAACUUGAUCGCUUCAAUUCAGAUGAAGAUGCCCUAAAUACAAAGAUUCGCCAGAGAAAGCACGAAUACGAUAGACAAUCCAAGCGCUUAAUGAGUGUUCAGACCAUCAGACCAGCAUAUAUGGACGAAUACGAAAUGCUUGAGCAAGAAUUAUCCGAACAAUUCAAGACAUACUUCCAGCAUUACCGUAAUGUCGAUUACUUUGAGAAAGAGCUUCUCAAGCACACAGAUAAGGUCAAGAAGUCGAACGCUGUCUUCCAAGCUAGAGCAGAGAAGAGAUUGGAGAAAGAAAGGAAUCAUCUUGUCGAUGAUCUUGCCAUUUCUUUCGAUAAGAGAGGUGACCAGGUUGAUUCUGAUAUUGACGCUGAUAAUCUUCCAUCUGGCCUUAUCGCCGAUAGCGAUUUCUAA